AUGCCUGUUGUGAAUCAUGCCAUUUCCCCCCCUCCCACCCACUCCCCCCCCACUCCCCUCAACGCGCCUCCCACUCCCCUUCCUCCCAAACCUUCCCUGGGGGUCCGUCCAUUCAAGCGCAGUGGUCACCUCUAUCCAUUCUUAUCACCUUUCCCCUGGUGUCCUUGCAGCUCUCCCUGUCGUCCAGCCCGACCCCUCUCCCUGUCCUCCGACCCAUCCCUUGACCUCUCCUCGCCGCAUGCUGAUUUGGAUUCCCUCCUGCCGGCCACUGGUGCAGUGCUGCUGCUGCACGAUCAGGGGAGGCCGGGGGCAGAGGGGGAGAAGGGGACAGAGGGGGCGGAGGGAGAGAAGGGGCCGACGGUGGAGGAAGGGAAGGAGGGUGGUAAGGGGGAGAGCAGCAGAGAGGAUGAUGCGGAGCUUGCAAGGCGACUGCAGGUAUGUGGCGUGUGUGGAUGUAUGGAGGGGGUGGUGAGAGCGGAGGGAGUGAAAGGGGGGAGUGGGCAGGGGUAG